AGAUCGACCAGGAGUGAAAAUGGCUGAUGCCUUGGCAGGAUGGGUUGCUGAUCCUGCAAAUACAGCUUGGAUGGAGAAGCCAGAUGAAAUGAUUUACGAUGAUGUAGAACUUGGAGAAGAAGGUGGAAACAGUUCCCUGGAGAACGGCUGGAGCUCCAGUGAAUUUGAAAGCUACGGUGAACAAAGUGAUACAGAGAGCAAAAGCGACAAUGGGAUUCCAAAUACUUUCCUCCGAGGCAAAUCUCAAAAACACAAAAUGCAUAUGCAAAAGUUAAUGAAAGCAGCAAAAGAUGGAACUAAAGAUGGGCUUGAAAAAACCAAAGCUGCUGUGAAGAGAGGACGUUUGUCUAUAAAAACAAAGUCUUUUAUUCAAGAUCGAAAGUCAGUUUGUCUUGAAGAGGAGCCAGGUGUUUUUAUUGAAGUUGAUUGUCUCAAUACUGAACCUGUGAUGAUGCCUAUGCCAGAAGGAUUGACACAGCAGCAGGUUGUUCGAAGGUAUAUUCUUGGGUCAAUACUCGAGAGUGAAAAAAACUACUUGGAUUCAUUAAAAUACAUUUUAGAGCAAUAUGAAAAGCCGCUGUCAGAAAUGGAUCCAAAGUUGAUAAGUGAUCGAAAAUUUAAAAUGAUGUUUUACCGAGUCAAGGAGAUCCUUCAGUGCCAUUCUCUGUUCCAGAUUGCACUAGCUAGUCGUGUUGCUGAGUGGGACAGUUCGGAAAUGAUAGGAGAUGUGUUUGUUGCUUCAUUUUCCAAAUCCAUGGUGCUAGAUGCAUAUAGUGAGUAUGUGAAUAAUUUCAGCACAGCGAUGGGGCUUGUCAAGGAAACGUGUGCAACAAAGCCUGCUUUUCUUGAAUUUUUGAAGCACUGCCAGGCUUCCAGCUGCGAUCGCAGUACGCUGUACAGGUUAAUGAUGAAACCUAUCCAGCGCUUCCCACAGUUUAUCCUGCUUCUUCAGGACAUGUUGAAAAACACCCCUAAAGGACACCCUGACAGACUACCUCUACAGAUGGCUCUGACGGAACUUGAAACAUUAGCAGAGAAACUAAACGAGAGGAAGAGGGAGGCAGACCAGCGCUGUGAAAUUAAACAAAUAGCGAAAGCCAUGAAUGAGCGCUAUUUUAACAAGCUGCUAAGUAGUGGGAGUAGAUACCUCAUAUGUUCUGACGACAUGGUGGAAACUGUUUACAGUGAGAAGGGAGAAUUUAUUAAAGCCAAAGAACGCCGGCUGUUCUUGCUAAAUGAUGUGUUGAUGUGUGCCACCGUUAACGUCAGGUCUACCUGUGAAGGAAGUGGUAUUGUUCUGUCUGGUCAGAAGUACUUGCUGAAGUGGAGUGUACCACUGAGCCACGUGGACAUUGUAGAGUUUGGAGGCAGUGAAGAGCUGGGAGAAAACUCCAGAUAUCCUGCAUGGCAAUCUGGCGGAAAAGUUGUGCUUCAUGCAAAACCAGGCAAACUGUAUAUGGGUCCAGGGCAGCUGUACCAGGAUUUGCAGAAUUUAAUCCAUGAUCUGAAUGUUGUUAAUCAGAUAACACAAAUGAUUGGAAAUUUGAAAGGCAACUACCAGAACCUUAAUCAGACAGUGGCCCAGGACUGGAUUUCUGGACUAGAAAGGCUGAUAUUUAAAAAGGAGGAAGAAAUAAGAGCAGCGGAUCAAUGUAGAAUUCAAUUCCAACUCCCUGGAAAGCAUGAGAAGUCAGGAAGGACUACAUUUUUUACAGCAGUGUUUAAUACAUUUACUCCCUCCAUCAAACAGUCCUGGAUAAGCAGUUUGCAGAUGGCAAAACUAGCUCUUGAGGAGGAAAACCAGCAGGGAUGGUUUUUUACAGAGGACGAUGGGAAUCGGAUAAAAAAACAGAAACAUCCACUUCUUGUUGGGCAGAUUCCAGUUGUUAUAUCCAAAUUACAGGAGUAUAAGGUGGCGUGUGCUGUUCAUAACCCUGAGUCUUACUGUGGCUAUGAUAAUGUACCUGACUCUCUCUCCAGGGGACAUGGAUGUCUGUGGAUUGCUAGUUGUACCAAUCAGAUGGGACAGAUAUCCAUUGUGACACUUCAUAAUUCAAACCCCAAAGUUACUGAAUGUUUUAAUGUGGAGUCUCGGAUUGUGUCCAUGGUGCACAUCACAAAUGAAGACAAACGGGAAGUGCCAGAAACAUGUCCCGACUCUGAACCUGCAGCAAGAAAAGCAACAGAUUUCCCCACCAUCUGCCUGGGCAUGGAGGAAGGGAGCAUAUCAGUUUAUAAAAGUAGUCAACGUUCCAAGAAAGUGCGUCUUCAACAUUUCUUCACACCAGACAAAUCCACAGUUAUGAAUCUCACGUACAAGUCUGAGUGCCUGUAUGCUGGCCUAGUGAGUGGAGCCAUUGCAAUCUACACCAAAAGAGAAGAUGGGUCCUGGAACUCUGAUUACCCGAAGAUUCUGCAGCUGGGGGUUCUCCCUGUCAAAAGUGUUGUGGCAGUGGAAGACACAAUCUGGGCAUCUUCAGGUGGAUGGCUCUCUAUUAUCAGCACAAAGACGCAUAUUGUGGAGCGUCAGCUCGAAGCCUGUCAGGAGGAAGGGAUGGCUAUAUCCCACAUGGCCAUUGCUGGUGUCGGAAUCUGGAUUGCCUUCAGCUCCAGUUCUACACUACGACUGUUCCACACAGAAACUCUGGAACCCCUCCAAGAUAUCAACAUUGCAACUCCCAUCCACAACAUGCUGCCGGGUCAGCAGAGGGUUUCAGUGACGAGUCUCCUGGUGUGUCAUGGCUUGCUGAUGGUUGGCACUAACUUGGGAAUUAUUGUUGCUUUGCCUGUCCCUCGGUUACAAGGCAUACCCAAAGUAACAGGGAGGGGAAUGGUCUCGUACCAUGCUCAUACCGGUCCUGUGAAAUUCCUCACAAUGGCCACAGCUUUGAGCAGUAAGAAGCAAAGAUGCACGUCGGUAACCAGCGCUCCAUCCCAGCCGGAAGGUCAAGACGGAGAACAGAGAAGCGGUUCCCCUGAGGGAUUGUCCUUUUUGUUGAAUGUUAAAGACAGAGGGGUUUGGCUUGGAGACUCAACCAAGUCCAUUGCUCAACAAAGCACCCUGUCGGCUUCUUCAGGGUCUCUGGCACUGUCUCACGUGUCGCUCGAACAUGAGCCAGAGGACGGUACCAUUUAUGAGCUCCUGAAUGACCCAAGCUUUUCACAUAGUGGCAAAAGAUCAAAAAAGAUGACAUUUAGUUCUGUGCUUGUGGUUUCUGGGGGCUUGGGCCACAGAAGAGUGAAUAAGAAAUCAAAGCAACAGCGGCAAGAUGAGACUGUGUCAACAAUCAUGGUUUGGCAAAUUCCAUUGCUUAAUAUGUAAAAUGUAUCAUGUUUUCACGGAAGAGUUUGCUUACGCUGUAAUAUCACUGUGACCUAGUACCACAGUCAAGAUCUUUGUGUAAUACCUUCAUAUUAGCCCAUUACAUCUCAUCAGCUUUUUAAUAGGAUCUAUCUUUAGCCAGCAACUCUUGUCGGUAUGUGGGGGGCGUACUAAUAUUCAUACUUUAAACCUGUGUGGUUGAUGACUCAUGUAGAAAGGCAUUAUGCACAGAAGGCUCACGAAUCCCAGUUUAAAAAACCUCUGAUUUUCAAUAUACUGAACAUUUAAAAAAAAAAAAAAAAGAAACAUACUGAACAACGUGUAACAGGCUUAUGAGCAUACAACAUUACCAAAUCAAAUGCUAGUACCUGUUUAGUAGUCUUUAAUAACAUUACUGUGCAUCUUUAAAAUGGUACUUCCUUUUCUUAAAAGAGAGGGUGAAUGAGUGUAAUCCGUGCAUUUUCAUUUGCAACAAUAACUUCCUGCUUGGGUAUGAUAUUGCAUUUCUCUGCUAGAAGCUAAGGGCCCAACUCACUAACCAAUAGUUUUACAAUAUGGGUUUUGGGAGGAAUUAUAAUUUUCAAAUCUGUAAUACUAAGAUUCUUAGUACAAAAAUUGGAUUUGAUAGGUUUAUAUUGUGUAUUUGGUCACCAAGGAAUUAACUAAAGAAUACUAUGCUUUGUGGUAUUUCAGAUAAUGUUUUCUAUAAAGGUAGAUUAACUUUUGAUAAACAUUUACAACAUUAUUAUUGUUAUUAUUAAUGGAAAACCCACUUUAGGAAUGAAGCCAACUGUUGGCUUUAAGGCUUUAUUUUAGUACCAUAUACUGUAAGGGUAGAGUGAACUAAACAAGAUAAAGGAAUAUAGUUUACCACCUUAGUGUUUAAGAAUGAAUCUAUCUAUUUAUCUAUCUAUCGGCUGUGUGGUCCAGUGGUUAAAAAAACGGGUUUGUAAUCAGCAGGUCC